UUUAUGCGCAAGAAUUGACGAGAAAGUGAUAAAUUAACAUGUCAUUUUCGUUCGUUUGACAUCUGACGUCUUCUACGCCUCCGUGACUGAACGUCAGUCGUAAAAAUGGCGGAGCCAGAAUUAAACGUAGAUAGUUUAAUCCAGCGACUUUUAGAAGUGAGAGGAUGCCGGCCUGGAAAAUCAGUACAUAUGACAGAGUCGGAAGUGAGGGGAUUGUGCCUCAAGUCGCGAGAAAUAUUUCUACAACAACCAAUUCUCUUGGAGUUAGAAGCUCCCCUAAAAAUAUGUGGGGAUAUCCAUGGACAGUAUACUGAUCUAUUGAGGCUCUUUGAGUAUGGAGGAUUUCCACCAGAGGCCAACUACCUAUUCCUUGGAGAUUACGUGGACCGUGGCAAGCAAUCUUUAGAGACCAUAUGCCUCUUACUCGCCUACAAAAUCAAAUAUCCAGAAAACUUCUUCUUGUUGAGAGGAAACCACGAGUGUGCCUCAAUCAACAGAAUUUACGGUUUCUAUGAUGAAUGUAAAAGGAGAUAUAACAUUAAGUUAUGGAAGACUUUCACAGACUGUUUCAAUUGUUUGCCGAUUGCUGCUAUCAUAGACGAGAAGAUUUUUUGUUGUCAUGGUGGUCUCAGUCCUGAUCUUCAAGGCAUGGAACAGAUUAGACGUAUAAUGAGACCCACAGAUGUGCCAGAUACAGGACUUCUCUGCGAUUUGUUGUGGUCGGACCCCGACAAGGAUGUUAGCGGUUGGGGAGAGAAUGACAGAGGUGUGUCGUUCACAUUUGGCGCUGAUGUAGUGAGCAAAUUCCUCAACAGACACGAUUUGGACUUGAUAUGUAGAGCCCAUCAAGUGGUUGAAGAUGGCUAUGAGUUUUUCGCUAAGAGACAGCUGGUUACAUUGUUCUCAGCGCCAAACUAUUGCGGGGAAUUUGACAAUGCAGGUGGUAUGAUGAGCGUUGACGAAACUCUCAUGUGCUCUUUUCAGAUUUUGAAGCCAUCAGAGAAGAAAGCUAAGUACCAGUACCAGGGUGUGAACUCUGGCAGGCCGGCAACUCCCCAAAAAAAUUCUAAUAACAAAAAAAAGUAGAGUCCCUGAGAAGCAAACCAGAAAUCGAUGAAUUUUUGGAAUGUAUUUUUCAUGGUAGUUAAUUCUGUUAUAACCCAUUAUAUUUGUGUAAAGUACUAUUAUUACAUUAAUUUAAUUUUUGUGAUUUUUUUUAAUGGAAAAUGAUUAUAUAUUCUUUUCUGUUUUGUAAUUUGUAUAUAGUUUAACUUAUAAUUUUAUUUAUUAUUCUGAAAAACUUGCAUUUCAAAUAUAUCUAUUGGUUCAAUAUGUUGCAUUUGGUAGAUGGCCAGUGUAUGUUGAAACGAUUUUUACAUAAAGAGAGUUUUUUGCACUAAAUUAUAUCGAAAUUCUAUUCACCAACACCUAACUAAUGUGCUAAGUGUGACAAAUAUCUUUUAGGGAAAUUAUUGUUAAUCAUUUCAAGCUUUAAAAUUUUAAGACUUAAUAGUUGAAAAAUGUACUGAUUCUAAAGGAAACGAUUGGGUGCGAUUAGGAAUCAAACUUUCCUCAUUUCGAUUCACCGGCUAGGACUGAGAUAAUCAAUAUAUUGCAUGGAGCAAUAAAAUCCAGAUAGACUUCCAUUGCGAAUUGAAUAAUUAUCAAAUUGGCCUUCUCUAUUGGGACGAAAUUAACGUAAAUUUGAACGAAUUUCAAUGUGUCAUGUUUCAGUUACUCGCCUGCAAUGUCUUUAUUGUUUUUGAAAUUUUAUAUCAGGUUAAGAUCUCACUUCAUCAGAUACUACAGAUCCAAAUAAAUUUAUAUUAUUACU